AUGGGGCCCACACUGGGAGCUCACAGGUCGGAGCCCAGGGGCACCCCAAAAAGCGUUGAUGGGGAGGGGGGCGCGAUGCUGUCACGGAGAGGCGCCCAAAGGAAAUUUGGGCAUCCAGACUCUGACCACCCGUUCCCCGAAAUGCUGCUAUCAGGACCCAGGAGCCUUCUACUCAUCACUGCCCUUAUCAUCCCUGCAGACAAUGAUGAGGUUCCAACGCCUCCAGAAACUUUCACAGAAGAUCCGAAUCUGGUGAAUGAUCCUGCUACUGAUGAAACAGUUCUGGCUGAUAUCGAGCCUUCCACAGAUGAACUGGCCUCACUCAAUGACAGAAAUGCCACGGGAGAUUGCCGGGAUGAGAAAUUCGCUUGCACAAGACUUUACUCUGUGCAUCGGCCUGUCAAACAGUGCAUCCACCCUGAGUUAUGCUUCACCAGUUUGCGCCGCAUGUACAUCAUUAACAAGGAAAUCUGCUCUCGACUUGUCUGCAAAGAGCAUGAGGCUAUGAAAGAUGAAAUCUGCCGCCAGAUGGCUGGUCUCCCACCCAGAAGACUCCGUCGCUCCAACUACUUCCGACUGCCUCCCUGUGAAGAUGUGGACUUGCAGAGACCUGGUGGCUUGUGA